AUGAAUAGCGAGGAGAUAUUUUUUAAAAACCAAUCUAACAUUCGGUUUUUACUGAUUACAGCUAAUACUGGCACAAUAUUUGAAAAGCCCGAAUUGUUAACUGCAUGGGUGACCGAAUUCGCAAAUCUUCUACGUCAGCAUCCAUCCGAUUUUAUUGCAUUGCAUUGUCAAGAAGUUGGUGGAAAAGAUUAUGAAAGAUUUAUGCACAUUCUUGAUCCAUUUAUAAAAGAUAUUCUUCGAAUACCUGAAGUCACUAACCACUAUACUCGGUCUCGUUUUUAUUUUGAUACGGAUUACACAUCUCAGGAUACAUUUACGGCUCUUGGUUCGGCUUAUUUUGUACGUGAAAAUAUACCUAUACAGCAAUGGAAUUUUACAACCUCAUGUUUUGAAAAUGUUACUCAGCGUCAAAUUUUUACUGGGAAUUUGGUUCAAACUCAAACAGUUCGGAAGAAGAAGUUUCCUCGCGAAUUUUUUUCAGAGGCUAAGUGGUCUCGAAAAGGUUUUACGCAAGCACGUUGGUCCAUAAAUAACUUUAUUUUUGACAUGGUCAACGUUCAUCUUUUCCAUGAUGCUUCAAAUAUUGUGGCAGUUGAACAAAGUCCUUCUAUUUACAGUAAUUUUCGUAAAAAUGCUCUUGAGUUUACUUUAAAAAGUUUACCACUUAAUUCUUCUGAUGAAUCUGUGCCUUAUGUCAUAUUUGGUGAUUUCAAUUUUCGACUUAAUGGUCACCGUUUGCUUGAACAUAUGGUUGAAAAACGUGAUGGUUCUAUUGAUAAAAUCAAACAUUCUGAUACUGAUGAAAUUUCAAAAAUUAUUAUAAAAAAUUCUCAAAAUAAAACAAAACUAACCAUUGGAAAAAAAGAAUUUAAUCUUCACGAUGAUCAUGAUUCAUUUUUUAGUACUGACUCUCGACAGUUUCAUAUGUUCGAUGAUGAAUUGUCGUCAUUUGCUGAUCAAUUAUUUGAGUAUGAAAAGAGUUUCCCACCUAGUUAUCCAUACAGUGAAGAACUCGAAGAAGCUCAUUCUUAUUUACCUGUUCGAUGUCCUGCUUGGUGUGAUCGUAUUUUAUUGAGUUAUCCAUUCAAGAAAAUGAUUAAUACUGAGAUUAAUCAAAUAACAUAUAGCGUCUUAGGAGAAGAUGUGUGCAUGGGCGAUCAUAAGCCAGUCUAUUUAGCAUUAACAGUACAUCUAUUACAAGGUUGGUCUACAUUUUCAUCAUCUUUUAAUACUAAUUUUUAUUCGUGCGAAACAGCUGCUAUUACAUCUAAUCAUAACAAUGAUAAUAAUAAUAAUAACAAUAAUAAUAAUAAUAAUCACAAUAAUGACACUAGCAACCAAGCAAAAUUACAUGUCACUGCUGUGAGAAAAAGAGAUUUGAAUACAGCAUCAGAUUUGAUUUUGAAUGGAGUACAGUUACUAUCGAAUGAUAUUGAUUUUUAUAAUAUUCAUGAUUAUGCUAUGUUUGUACAACCAGCACUUUUACCACAAUGGUGGUUUAAUAAACUUCAACAACGAUCAAUAAAAACAAUAAAUAAUAGUAGUAAACUUUGGGCAAAAGUACGAGCUGUAACGUACAUGACAUCAUUAGGUCAUCGCACUGGUUCAUGGUAUUCUGAUGAUCAGACGGAAAAAUCACCCAUUGAUGACAUAUCAUUAUCUGACGAUAAUGAUGAUAAAAAUAAUAAAACAAAUAUUCAAUUGAAUGAUUUGCAUGAUUACCACAAAACAGAUAUUGUUAUACCAUUACGUCGAUCAUUUAGUUCAAAUGCUUAUGUACAACAUAAUGAAAUGUAUUCAACAACAUUGGCACGCAGUUGUUCCACAACACUUAUUAAUUCGUCUGAUCACCUAUCAGAUUCUUCUCCUAUUGAAUCAUCUUCAGCGCCACCACCAUCACUAUCAUCGCUACCAUCACCACCAACGUUGCCAUCAUCAACAUCAACAUCACGAUCAUCGUCACGUGUCUAUCGUUUUCUUCAUUGUACAAACGACGCAAUUGACCGAUUACAAAGUUUAAGAUUUGCUAAUAAUUUACUCGAAUUAAGUGCAUCACAAACAAUGAAUGAUAAAUUCCAACAGAGACAAUCAUCAUUAAAAACCAUAUACCAUGCGAAAAUGGAAGAUCAACAUUCAAAUAACAGAAUAGAAACUGUAAUAUCAAAUGAUAAUAAUGAUGAUCAUCGAACAGUAAUUGUUCAUCAUACAUUUCAUGCAAAUAUUAAACAAACAUUUACUCGGCGGAUACGCGAGACACCGGUGUAG